AAGAAACUAAUAAACACUCAAGACAUGGCGCAUAUCUUUAGCUUAGAAGCGACCUAUAGCGUCUUCAUCAAUGAUCAAACGGUCACAAGAGGGAGAGAGAAAAGAAGAAUUUCUCUCUUCUCUUUUCUCUCUCUGAAUAUAUGUGAGGCUCAGGCCUUCUCAUCUGGCUUUCUUUCCUUCCCAUCUCGCGUUUCCGAACCUCCAAGCAGACAUCGAAGAAGGAACAAAAAAACCCACUUCUUCAAACCCCUCUUCCCUCUCAUUUAUCAACAAAACAUACCCGAAAUCGAGUUUGAACAACGCAAGAAACCGGAUUGAUUCUUUCUCCCAUUGUUUCUGAUAAUAUAAUCGCUGUAUAUUUUUUAUUUAGUUUGAACGCUCUUAACUGAGAUCUUGUCCUUCCUACAAUGAUCUUCGCUUUGUAGCGGACAAGGGUUCUUCAAUCGGAUCAGAAUUUUCACUGAGUUAGGGUUUUGAUCUGCAAUUUGAACUUGCCCGUUUACUUCAUAUUGCUGGCUGGUGCCUAGUGGGGUUUCAUCUCUCACAAUAUCAUUGACGGAUCGCCCUAUUAAUGGGCAUGGAAGAAGACUGUAGGUACCAGUAGAAUUGUGCAGAGGGAGUGAAGAGAAAAGGAAUAAAGUUGAGAACACUUUGAAGAUUUUAUAGCAGUGAAUUAUAGUGCUUUUUCUACUGUUGUCGGUGAGUGCCACGGGGAUUUGCUUUCCAUCUAGUUGUCAACAACACUGUUGGAGCUUCUUGUGCAUCUGGAGUGUAACUUAGUAGAGAGUGGCUCUGGUGGACGGAUUCAACGGAUAGUUAAAAUGGAGGCUUACUAAGCUCAAAAGGAAUGUGGGGUCAUGGUGCAUGGACAAGGAAAUAGUUUCUGGGGUGUUCCCUUGCUGGAACAUUGUUGUGAGAAAGUAACAGGAGGAUAUUCUUUUUCCAAAAGCACUCUUUUUGCUGUUUAUAAAUUUGUGUGCAAUGUCUCGCUGCUUUCCAUUUCCACCAGAAGGAUAUGAAAAGAAGCCCAAUUCAGAUGUUGCAGACUUGCUAAAAGAGGACGGAGGGAGUACGAUUAAUUCUAGCUUCUUUGGUUCACAUAGGACUCUUGUUGGGAUGAAGAGAGUAUCAUGUGAGGCCUACUCCCUUGAAGCACCAGCUGUGUGGGAUCCUGGAUCUUCUUCGUGUGCAGGAGAAUCUGAUAGGAAAGUUGAGCACGAUAAAAACUUCAUUAGUUCAGAGGAAAAGGGACACACUUUUGCAUUACAAUUCCAGCAUGGGCAGGAAGCCUCUAAAGGCACGGAUCUUGUUCGUGAGGCAGAAGAGGCAAAAUUUGUGCAGGAGCUGGGUAGGAGGAUCAGAAAUGAAGAAAAUGGAAAAGGGAUCCAGUUGGUGGGAAGAUUCCGUGGCGAGGGGAAUAAUGAUGAAAGGACGGACAGGGCUAUUGGGGUCAAGGUUUCUAGAAGUUUGGCUCAAGAUAAGGGAACUAACAUGGCGAAGAGUGGUGUUGAUUACAACAGGAAGACUUUUUGUGCAGCUGAACCUGAUAAGAAAUGUGAUCGUGAUAAAAACUUUAUUGGGCAGGAGACCAUUAAAGGCAAGGAUCUUGCUGGAGAGGCAGAGGAUGCAAAAUUUGUGCAGGAGCUGGGUAGGAGGAUCAGAAAUGAAGAAAAUGGAAAAGGAACCCAGUUGGCGGGAAGAUUCCUUGCUGAGAAUAACAAUGAACGGAUGGGCAGGGUUAUUGGUGUCAAGGUUUCUAGAAGUUCGUCUCAGGACACAGGAACUACCAUGGAUAGGAUUGGUGUUGAUAACAGGAAGAUGGAAUUUGUGGGUGUAAUCAAGAAUGGAUCUGGAUAUAGUGGUACUGCAGUGUCCUUUUCUAACAUCCCUGGGGCCAGCAAAUUUCAACUUGAAGGAAUGCCUAUGGCUGGUGUGGUCAAGGAGUCAAGGAAUUUUGUUGAAAAUAAGGAGACCUACAUGGAGAAGAGUUUUGAUUGCAGGAAGAUGGAUCCACGUGCAAUCCAAAAUGAAUCUAGACAUAGUGGAAAUGCAGUUCUCCCCAACAUCACUGAUGCCAGCAAAUUUCAACUCGAAGGAAUGCCUAUUGCUGGUGUUGUCAAGGAAUCAAGGAUUUUUGUUGAAAAUAAGGAGACCUACAUGGAGAAGGGUUUUGAUUCCAGGAAGAUGGAUCCAAUCCCAAAUGAAUCUAGACAUGGUGGAAAUGCAAAUCUCCCCAACAUCACAGGGCUCGACAAAAGUAUGCUUGAAGGAAUGCCCAGAACACUGGAAGAGAAUGAUAAUCAAAGGAAAGGGGAAAAAGAGAAGAAUAGAGAAAGAGGUGAUGAAAAAUUGGGAGACAAGAGCAAGGAUAAAGAUAGAGAUAAGAAAAGACACAAGAAAAGUAAAGACCGUGAAAAAGAGAAGAAAAAGGAGAAGUCAAAGCAGAAAAUUGAGCAUGAUAAACUCCUAGACAUUAGCAGCAAUCAAAUUUCAGAACUUUCAAGGGAUAACAAUGCUGGCUCCACUUUUGAUGUAAAUCUCAAAAAACGAAAACUGAUUACGAAUGGCUUGCUGUAUGAUGAUGAAGCUAGGCCUUCUAAAAUACCCAAGCCUGCCUCUCAUGAGCCAAUGCAGAACGGGAUCAAAGUUGAAACUCUCCGUGUUUCCUUCAAUUCAAAUAGGCUAGGUUCUUCUGAGCUUAAGGUGGUUAAUAAGGUGCCGAGGAUGAAUGGUACUGUACAUGGUCAGCCAUUGUCUAUUCCGAGACCAAAGCUUUCACCACCAGCCACUGGUGUUGGUCAAAUUGCUGAAACACCUAGGAAAUCUCCUCAAGGUGAUCCAACUGCAGAAACAUCUCGGAGAACCCUUCACGUUGAUCAAAUUUCUGAAACUCUUGGAAAACCUCCUCGCACUGAUCAAAUUGCUGAAAACCUUGGCAAACCUCCUUAUUAUGAUCAAUUUGCUGAAACUCUUGGCAAACCUCCUUAUCAUGAUCAAUUUGCUGAAACACUUGGGAAACCUCCUGAAGCUAAUCGAAUUGCUGAAACACCUGGGAAACCUCCUGAAGCUAAGCGAAUUGCUGAUACACUUUGGAAACCUCCUGAAGCUAAUCAAAUUGUUGAAACGCUUCGUAAACCUCCUGAAGCUGAUCAAAUUGCUGAAACACUUCGGAAACCUCCUGAAGCUGAUCGAAUUGCUGAAGCACUUUGUAAACCUCCAGAAGCUGAUCAAAUUGUUGAAGCUUCUAGAAAACCUCCCCGUGUUGAUCAAUCUGCUGAGACAUCCAAGAAGCUUCGUCAUCCGAAUUCAGUCGUUGAGUCAUCUAAGAAAUCCCCUCAUCCUGAUACCAAGUAUCUGAGCCAGAUACUCACUGUUCCCAAAAUUGAAGAGUUGAUUGACUGUGACGAUGAUGACAAUGAAUGGCUGUUUGGAACCAAAAAACCUUCGGUUAGAAAGCCAGGGGUGGGUCCCAAUGAGGAGCUGCAGGUAUGGUCUGAAGCUCGGCACUUAGAAUCUGCAGACAUUUAUGCUUUGCCAUACGUUAUUCCAUAUUGAAUGCUCGGGUUCAAUGGAAUCCUAUUAUUGGUGGGGAAAUCAGGAGGCUUGGACAAAGAAUAUACGGUGGGAACUCGGCGGGUUGAACUGUUUUUGCUUGUGUUCUUGAAUGUUUGGGGGGGGAUUAUGCCCUAUAAAAAAAGAACACCAAAUUCAUUGAAAGAGGGGGUUUUCCCCAAAGCCCACCAUGGUUGUGUGACGUCAUACGUCAUAGUGUGUGUGCACUAACUAAUAUCCACAAUGUGUCACGUAAAGCUUAUUCCAUUAGUGUAAAGCUCAGAGGCUUCUUUCUAAUCUGAGUGUGAGAGAAAGUUGAGCUUGUGGUCUUUACACCUCCAAAAAUUUUGAUUUGUAACAUAGAGCUUUUAUAGAUGUAAAAUAGAGGGAAAAUGAAAGCAUGAUUUCAAU